AUGACGUCAUUCCCUUCGCAGAUGAAGGCGUUCCUCGAGCGCGGGAGCGCGCGGGCUUUGCGUCGAUGUGUACUCCCGUAUUUCCACCGUAAUGUGCCUUGAAUUUGCGAUCGCUGACGUAAAAUGUAUUCAAUCGCGUGCGUUCUUUUGUCUGCUGUGCAAUCCCAUUUGAGCUCUCCAAUUCGGGCAAGUAUUCUGUGUACGUAGACCCCACUCCUAUCAUCUAGUUGGCGGGAAGUUCUCCACCUUGAGAAAGGACAUUCCCGAAUGCUUUGUGCAUAGUCACUAAAAAAAAAAAAAAGUUGUGCGUCUGUCUGAUAAGAGUUAAGCUAUUAUGAUAUUAAUAUGAUGGGCCUACAGCACUAACAUCUGAAUCUACGGCUGAUCGAUCGGUCCUUCAGGGUGAGAUGAACAAGGUGAAGUCUGACGCGCCAGCGCAGUGCAAACCACUGGAAAAGCUCAAAUUCUUCUUGGAUUUCAAGGGCCACCGACCCCAGACCCAGCUCGUUCGAGACUUAAAGAACCUGGGCGCUGUUGUGGAAUCUUUCUUUGGAAGAGACGUCACCCACGUUAUCACUGACAAGCAAGACUGUAAAGCAUCACGGAAACCCAACUCUGUUGAUUCCAGCGGUCAGACAACGAGCCCUUUCUCGAACGAGUGUAGCCAUGACCUGCCAUGCACCUCUGCUUCCAUGGAUGCAAAGGUCGUACCUAGAAUACAGGCAAGGGGGCAGGCCAUGGUUCAGAGAGCAGUUCGAGCAACGCCUGGGCAUACAGACAUCUUGGAACUGUGCCGCCUGUGGCAGAUCAAGGUCCUCUACAUCAAGAACUUUCUGCCAUGGCUGCAGCAGCUGAAACAGAAAGCGCUACUCAGCAAGACGGGAAAGGAGAAUGUAGCGAAAGCGAAGCAAAAGUCGGACAUGCCCCAGAAACUGGUGCCACCUUUCAUCAAGGUUGAAGACCCUAAGUGCGUUUACAGACCACUCUUCAAAAGCCUCAAGCAGUGGCCAGAUAUCAGCACUGAGCAGUUCUCAGAGCCAAUCCCAAAGACCAUUGCUGUCCCUGCCCGAGAGCAUGUCGCAAGCACGCAAGCAAAAGGAGUGCUGCUCACGCUUGACACAGCCAAGGCCAUGCCCAAGACAACCCCCAAGAUCAAGGUCACAGAACAAAAGAAGUUCAACUGUGAAAUCUGUAGUUGCUCUUACCUCUGCCUGCAGAAGCACUUGGAGUCCGAGAGGCACCAGGAGUUCAUGAAGAACGCCAGCAACUUCAGCGUGCUCGGCGAGCUCAUGUCGACACUUCGUUGCAAGGCACGCGGCCCGCUCACCGAGAUCCACCUUCAGAGCAGUGCAUCCUCAACAGACAGCGGUCCCAGCGACGAGUGUGGCAGGAAGCUUCCCACCUCGAGGGCAAUGCUUUCCGUGAAGGGCGAGCAUUCCGGCAUCGUCGUCCAGUCAACUUACUGCGGCAGUCUCUCGUCUGUCAAGCAUCUCAAGGUCGUUCGGAGACUCACGGAACCCCUCGCAAAAGCAACCCCCACGUCACCAAAGAAGGUGCCCAAUCCAAGAAAACGACCGCUGCUUCGUUCGGACAUUGGGCUGUCUGCAACUCGCGAUGACGGAGACACCAAGCCGAACGUUUGCUGCAGCGACCCCUUCAAUGUCGAAAAGGCGGAUCACUUGGUACCCCCCAGUCAUUCAACGGACGUAGAUGCCACGGAGAAUGGCCUGCUCGCCAACGUGUGCGUCGAAAGCAGUGCGGCAGACGGCAGAGUUGCAGCAAAAGAGCAGUCGAAUUUCGUGGAAAAUGUACAAAUCGGAACCUUCCGGGAUCUGGUCUCAAAACUGGUGCCCGAGAGCCAGCGCGAACCGUCGACAAUGGAGUACUCGUGGACGGACGUUGCGAGCGGGUUUGCCGUUGAGUCUGGGCUCUCCAGGAAGCGUCAUGCGACGGGGUCCGAUUACAGCGACGACUGCUCGUUUUCCAAGAUGAUAUCGGCUAUUAACUUUCAGAAUUUUUCCCAGAGAUCGGACUGUAAAGACGCGUCCGACGUCGAUCUCAACGGACUUGCCGAAGGGACUCCGAGCGACCAUGCGCAGCUGGACAGCUCACUCUGCUUUUGACCACCGUUUGACUUUUUAAGUUGUAAUUUCAUCUUCAUUGCAAUUUUCAGAUGUGUGACUAGAGCAGGAUUGUGUAAUAAUUGACACUUUCAUGUUCUUUAUACGAGUGGUGUUUUUUUCUUCGGGAGGGGGGGGGGGGGGGGGGGGGACUUUUUAAGACCACCCAAUUGUUUAUUGUUUCGCUUACUCAGAAGACACUGUAGGGUUUAUUUAUUUAAUAAAGAUCUCGGGCUAACUUCAUGUUCAUGAA